ACGACGUCCUUGCAGACGCUUUCACAUUAGACGCUUUCACAUAUGGCAGUUCAGUAGACAAACAUUGAAUGAAACGAAACCAUACACGUGUUAUGUUUAUGCACGCAGACAGGUAUAUUAAAUAAACAUGACUGUACAACGACGAGGAAUCAGUAAAAACCCUGAAAGUAGCGCCAUUGAAAAGAAAAUUAAGAGGGGAAAUGCGCAGAGACAGGCCUCUUCUUGGAGAGGGAACGUCAUCACGCUGUUGCUGCUGACAGGAGCCACUGGACUAGUGAGCUGGGUGUAUUUCACAUGGACUGAUGACUUUACACACACAUUGGUUUCAAGAAGCGAGACCCUCACUCAGCCCAGAGUGUUCACAGUUGAGUGCUCGGAAGACUACAAGAAGUACAAGUUCUUUCCAGGUUGCACCCCAACUAAAUGCGGCAGAGCCAUUACAGACAGUGUUGUGACUUUGGAGGAGGCACAGAAGCUUAGAAGGUUAGCUGAGCGGGGCUUAUCUCUUGCUGGCUCAGAUGGUGGUGCCUCCAUCCUGGACCUUCACUCUGGGGCAUUGUCAAUGGGAAAGCAGUUUGUGAAUAUCUAUAGAUAUUUUAAGAACGAGAUAAAGGACAUUUUUACAGAAGAAGAUUUUGAACUGUACAGCGAUGUCCGUAGCCGAAUUCAAAAGGCAAUAGCAGAGACAUUUGGUAUGGACUCCAAACAGAUGUACCUCACCAAGCCCACCUUCUUCUCUCGCAUCAAUAGCACCUCUGCCAAAACCACUCAUGAUGAGUACUGGCACCCACAUAUCGAUAAGGAGACUUAUGGAUCUUUUGACUACACAUCUUUGCUCUACUUGUCUGAUUAUGGGGUGGAAUUCGGUGGUGGACGGUUUGUUUUCAUGGACCCCAGUAGUAACAGGACGGUGGAGCCACGUGCUGGUCGGGUGUCUUUCUUCUCAUCCGGUUCUGAGAACCUCCAUCAUGUGGAGAAGGUCACUUGGGGUACGCGAUACGCCAUCACGGUGUCCUUCACAUGCGACCCCAAUUAUGCCAUUGAUAACCCCUCCCUGCCGUAGGAUCCAC